GAGAAGUGACUAUUUAAUAGACUAUUUAUAUAAUUCGUAGAGUGCAGCAACUGCCAAAUGGUUUAAAGUAAAGAGCAGUGGACAUUUACUGAACUGGACAAGCGAAAACAUAUUUAAUGUUUCUUGAAAGAGUGCAGCAACUGCCAAAUGGUUUAAAGUAAAGAGCAGUGGACAUUUACUGAACUGGACAAGCGAAAACAUAUUUAAUGUUUCUUGAAAGUAAUAAUGGCAAUUUACGAGGCAUUGGAAAGCGUCCUGUACCGCCAUUGCUGUCCUGAGAUUGUGGUCCAAUAUGAAAUUAUGGAUAAUGAGCCAAGAAAGAGGUUACUUGACGCACUUAGUGGUUACUGUAGUCUUCAGGUAUUUGAAAACAGUUUUGAAUUACCCCAAAAUUAUCAAAAGAAAAUUGACCUUUAUUUCCAAACCUUAGGUAAUGAGAAACUUUUAGGGGGAAUGCUUCUUUUGGACAAAAUUGCGAUAGCUUUCGGCAGAUGGGGGAAGGCAAUGCCUCCUAAAGCUGUACUCGCUCGACAUUCAGAAUGUGUGGCAAUUAAUCAAAAGGAAGGGAGUUCUUUACCUUUUCCUAUGAAUCUGUAUUUUUUAUACUCUGAUCCUGCCGGCAACAAUUGCACAGAUUUUUCUACAUUGCAUAGAGUUUUCAUAAAAGACUUGAAACUCUUUGAAAAAUCAAAAGGGAAAUUUAUCGAGGGUACAAUCAUUACACGGCCAAUUGUCUUGCAUGAUAUCACAACUAUUUUAGAGGAUGCUCAAGGAGAUGUUAUCCAGCUUAGGCUUUUUAACAUGGUACCAAGUUGCAGAAACAAAACCGAAGUUGCAGAAAAGAAAUUCCCCGUUAAUGCAAAAAUUAAGAUAGCUGAACCUUAUUUGAAAGUGUUCGCAGACAGCAACCAAGGAAUUAGAGUCGAUUGUCCUGAGGAGGUUUGCAUUCUUCAGCAAACAACUGCAGACUUUGAACAAAUCUUAGAAAAUGGCAAGUUUUUUACCGAUAACGGAGAUUUUUUAGCAGCGUUUGAUAUUUAUAUCGCUGGCCUAGCUGAAUUCCCAGAAAUCCUUUUGCUUUUGAACAACAGAUGCCAGGCUGAGCUAAAGCUAAAGGAGUACGAGCUGGCUUUUUUGGAUGCCGCUGCAGUCCUUUUUUUGGAGCGGGACAACGAGAAGGGUCGCUUAAGAUACAAGAAGGCAGCAUAUGAACUUGGUUUUACAUUGGACAAUGCCCCAAAGAUGCAUGGUCUUUGGAAACGGGUCUUGUUGAAAUAUAACAAACACUCUUUGGAAGAGAAAGUAGCUGGCCCAUAUUCCAGAGAAGACGGCAACAAUGAAUAUAAAGAAGGUGAUUUUUCUAGAGCAAAAGCUAUUUAUACUUCUGCGAUGGGCGAUUGUAAUAAUGUUUGCAAGCUGCUGAUUGGAGCCGCUCUCGUGAGUUUGAAAACUGAGAUGUAUCAAACUGCAAUAUCAGCUGCGAGUGCAUGUUUUCAACUUGCUACAGACAAAAAGCAUCGCAAACAAGCAAGGUUUGCAAUGACCAAGGCGUUUUCGUCGCUGGGGGAAAUAGAGUUAGCAAGGUUGGCUGCAAUGGGGGAUCUCUCCUUGUUGAAUCUGUAUGAUGGAAGAAACAAUUCUUAUAGAGUUGUAGCCAACGCCCUUAACAAAAGUUGUCCCAUAACUUUAGAGGCUAACAGAAAUGUCAAAGUGCCGUCGGAUUAUCUAUGUCCCGACACAAUGGAGCACUGCUACAUCUCUGGAAAAGGAAGAGGAUUAAGAGCUAAGAGAGGCAUCUUUAAAGGAGAGUUGCUUGUUGUUGACCAUCCAAUUGUGUCACAGGGAACCAAAAGCUCUUCUUCUGCCAUUUUUGUUGAUGAAAGUAGACAACAAUGUUAUUUUGCAAGUGAAAUAAAUCUUGAAAGUAAACUGGUUUCAUUGGUCAAGUACAAUGGGCUACUUGCUAAAAAACUUUUGCUGUUGGAUAGAAAGAGAGAUGGCACCAAGGCCGAUGAUUUGCCUUUGAUUUCUGACCUUGAGUGGAUGGCCUAUCGCAAGUUAAACGAUGAUGUACCACCUUUCUUGCCACAAACUCCGGAAGAAGCUGGAGUUGAUAAAAGCUUGCUUACGCCAGAUAUCAUCAGAAACGUAAUUUCCAACAAUUGUUUUAAAUGGGGUUGGCAGGAGGAGCGAAUACCCAAAGAAGUGGCGUUGGCAUUAACAGUCAGUUUUUUCAACCACGAUGACGACCCCAAUUGCAGUCAAUUUCCAGUCGGCGAUGCGCUUACAAUAGUAGCAGUAGAAGAUAUACAGAAAGGGGAGGAGUUGACCAUUAUGUACCGCAAAAGAGACGAAAUGGCGAAAUGGGUAAUUUGACUUUCCUACCCCUAGGAUACUAUUCACGAGCUACCAAAGAACAGAAUAUCGAUUUUCCUUGACCAUCCAGAAACUUAAUUUAAUUUGACAUUUUAAUGUACGUGUAUGUGAGAUAAGUGUGGUUACAGUUAACUUCAAACCAGAAUAAUUUCAUAGCUGUGUUUUUAAAACAGUUUUUCGCCAAUACCAGUUUGAUAUUUGCCACAAGGUAGUGCCGUUUUUUAUCAGAAUAUACACGUGAUGAUAAAAAGUGUCUAAUAGUUAAGCAACUUCAAUAUGUGAUUUUGGCACAAAAUUGGAGUCGGAGCCAAAUUAGUUUUGCUCUGUGUAUGUUAAUUGAUCAAUCCUGAGAAUGGGGUAAAUUAUGCUUUACUGUCCAACGAAGGAAAAACUUCAGUUGCCAAUCACAACCAACUUAGGCGAUGACCCAUCCCAUUAGACAAAGUCCAACUUAACCAGCUGAAAAAACCCCUGGGAUUGAGUUCGCUGACAGGCAUUUUUCAAGAGGACAGCCCCUACACUUGCGCCAAGUAAUCAAUCCCCCCUCCCCCCUCAGUUUUGUAAAAUUUGGAACGCAUUAGUACGAUGUUGUCCAAAAUCAACAUUUAUUAGUUGUGGGAGGUGUGAUAUUGGCACCAAGUUCGACUUGGGACCAAAUCAGUUUUGCCCCGCGUAUGUUAAUAAAUGGAUCCUGCCCAAUAUCUACUCUCAGUUUAUGAAACGAUUAUGUUAUGUUUUCUGUCUCCGUCUGUAUCCUUUCGAAAAUAUAUUUUAGUUUAAUAAUGAUUGAUCAUAUAACAUUAUUAAUGAUUUUAUUUUGAAAAUUGGAGUUAGUUGAAGAUCAAAGGCAAAUAGACAAAACGUCUUAUUUCUUGUUGCCAUCUUCGGGCCCCGAACACGCCACAAAUACUGAUCCGAAGGGUGAAGAAACUUUGGAAUACUUGUAUGUUGUAUAUGAAAUGCUGGUAGAUACUUCUGUUUUUUCUUUCAAUUGGUAAAAAUAUUUCUCUUGUGCUACGUGCAAAAAGUUUCUCUGUUUCAUAAUCAAAUUCGACAUAUUUCAAGGCAUCAUUUUGCUUUACUUGGCUUUAUAUAUAAAUUACAAUUGUGUUCGUAUCAAUGGUUUUGAUGCAAUUAAAAGUGAUUGAGCAACAUUAAGCCUGCAUUCGACUGUCUGAUAAUCGUAAAGUAUCGUGGCUUCUGCAUGCUGCCCGAUUUUUUUUCUGUAAUAUGUCUGGCAGUGGAAGUAAGCUUGAAAGACCAAAAAGAGAUAAAGAUCAUCAGGUCGUUCAUUCUUUUGAGUCUACAUACCAGCUAUGAUUGAAAACAAAACAUAAAAUUUACGAGAAACAUUCUUUCGCACACAAUUACCUCUUUCCUUCUUUGUUAUAAGUUUUUUCGAAGAAGAGC